AUGGCAUGCAGACCAGGAGAUGUUCAGGACCUUCUUAACUCCCCACUUCCUUCUGCCAGAGUUGAUCCCUAUGUGGAAGGGUCAUGGUUACAGGCCUGCGGUCAGACCAACAUAACCUGCAAGGUGGUGAAGGGUAAAGUGGAGGAGGUAGGCAAGUGGCCAUGGCAGGUGAGUAUCUUCUUUCUGGGAAUGUACACCUGCAGUGGCUCCCUCAUCCACCGCCAGUGGAUCCUCACUGCUGCACAUUGCUUACAAAGAUCCAAGGACCCCACCCAUUACUCCGUGGUGUUAGGAGCCCAGCGCAUCCCAGACAACAGCACUCAGCUCCUGCUCACAAACCUCGUGAUUCAUGACCAUUUCAACAAUAGGAUGUCCAAUGACAUCGCCCUCCUGAAGCUCAGAGACCCUAUCUUCUGGUCCCCCCUCAUCCAACCCAUCUGCCUCCCUACCAACAAUUUCAAGCCAAUCAUAGGCAGCAUAUGCUGGGUCAUCGGGUGGGGACACAAAGGGAGAAAAGAGACCUCAGAGAGCCCCUACAAUGUCCAGGAUUUGUCUGUCAGGAUAAUAAACAAUGACAUCUGUAAUCACCGGUACCAGUUCCUCCUGUCAAUGAACCAGAAGCAGUUCAUCGGCAAUGACAUGCUGUGCGUCAACCCAGAAUUGGGCUCUGACACUUGUAAGGACACCUCUGGCAGUUCCCUCGCCUGCAAAGUGAACAACACCUGGAUCCAGAUGGGGGUGGUGAGCUGGAGCUUUGGCUGUGGCCAGCGCCGGUUCCCCAGCAUCUACACCAGCACCUCUUCCUUCACCCAUUGGAUCAAGAAGCAGGUCACCGACUUGAGGUUCACCAGUAGGGCUGGCCCUUCCUUCCUGAGCCCAGUCAUUCUCACUGGCUACAUUCUGCUGGUCUCCUUGGGCUCCCUGUGGCUCCUGUGA